AUGGUGCCGCCGCCUCCUCCGUGCCGGGGAGCAACGGCCAGGGGGCAGCUGGGCAGGAGUCUGGGGCCGCUGCUGCUGCUCCUGGCGCUGGGACACGCGUGGACCUACCGGGAGGAGCCCGGGGACGGCGACAGGGAAAUCUGCGCGGAGAACAAGAUCGCCACGACCAAGUACCCGUGUCUGAAGCCUUCGGGCGAGCUCACCACGUGUUUCAGGAAAAAGUGCUGUGAAGGGUACAAAUUUGUUCUUGGACAGUGUGUCCCAGAAGAUUACGACGUUUGUUCUGAAGCUCCCUGCGAGCAGCAGUGCACGGAUAACUUCGGCCGAGUGCUGUGUACCUGUUACCCGGGUUACCGAUAUGACCGGGAGAGACACCGCAGGCGGGAGAAGCCCUACUGCCUGGAUAUCGAUGAGUGCGCCAGCAGCAACGAGACACUCUGCGCGCACAUCUGUGUCAACACCGCGGGCAGCUACCGCUGCGAGUGCCAGGAGGGCUACGUCCGCGAGGAUGACGGCAGGACGUGCACCAAGUACCCCAACGACACCGGGCGAGAGGAGAAGUCUGAGAACGCGUUGAAAGCCGGCACCUGCUGCGCCACGUGCAAGGAGUUCCACCAGGUGAAGCAGACGGUGCUGCAGCUGAAGCAGAAGAUUGCUCUGCUCCCCAACAAUGCUGCUGACCUGGGCAAGUACAUCACUGGCAACAAAGUGCUGGCCUCAAACGCCUACCUUCCAGGACCUCCCGGCCUGCCUGGGGGCCAGGGCCCUCCAGGCUCACCAGGACCGAAGGGGAGCCCGGGAUUCCCUGGCAUGCCAGGCCCUCCUGGGCAGCCUGGCCCCCGGGGCUCCAUGGGCCCCAUGGGACCGUCUCCCGAUCUGUCCCACAUUAAGCAAGGCCGGCGGGGCCCUGUGGGUCCUCCAGGCGCACCAGGAAGAGACGGUUCUAAGGGAGAAAGAGGGGCACCUGGACCCAGGGGCUCUCCAGGACCCCCUGGUUCUUUCGACUUCUUGCUCCUCAUGCUGGCCGACAUCCGCAACGACAUCGCGGAGCUGCAGGAGAAGGUGUUCGGGCACCGGACUCACUCUUCAGCGGAGGAGUUCCCUGUACCUCAGGAACUUUCCAGCUACCCCGAAACCAUGGACAUGGGCUCUGGAGAUGACUACACCAGAAGAACUGACUGAGGCGGCAGGCUUGGGAGCCCCCAGGGACUGCAUACCAGUGGGAGAGAAGAGGGUCUUCACCUGUAGUUCAAUCAUC